AUGUCAGUAAUUAUUAGACCAAUUGAAGCAAAAGAUAAACAACAAUGGUUAAAUCUUUGGACUGGCCCAGGAGGUUACAUUGAAUUUUAUAAAUCGUUACAUAAAAUUACGCCAGAAAUUUCCGAAACAACAUUUGCACGUUUCCUUGACCCUAAUGAACCAGUUUACUCGUUAGUUGCCAUUGAUCCCAAAUCGCCGGAUAUCAUCAUUGGCUUUGCCAAUUAUUUAACUCAUCGUAAUACCUGGACUAUUAAUGACGCUUUAUACUUGAAUGAUUUAUUUGUUUGUGCUGAUAAUAGAUUACAUGGAGUGGGGAGGAAGUUGAUCGAAGCCGUAUAUGAUGAAGCUGAUCGGUUGAAAUGUGAGAAGUGUUAUUGGUCUACUCAGUUUGAAAAUCAUCGGGCUCAGUUGUUGUAUACGAAAGUGGGAGUCAAGUCUGGAUUUUUGCUUUAUCGUCGUCCAAAUCUGUCUGAUUGA